CUAUCAAGAUCAUAGAUAAGACCCAGCUCGAUGAAGAAAACUUGAAGAAGAUUUUCCGGGAAGUUCAAAUUAUGAAGAUGCUUUGCCACCCCCAUAUCAUCAGGCUCUAUCAGGUUAUGGAGACAGAACGGAUGAUUUAUCUGGUGACAGAAUAUGCUAGUGGAGGGGAAAUAUUUGACCACCUGGUGGCCCAUGGUAGAAUGGCAGAAAAGGAGGCCCGUCGGAAGUUCAAACAGAUCGUCACAGCUGUCUAUUUUUGUCACUGUCGGAACAUUGUUCAUCGUGAUUUAAAAGCUGAAAAUUUACUUCUGGAUGCCAAUCUGAAUAUCAAAAUAGCAGAUUUUGGUUUCAGUAACCUCUUCACUCCUGGGCAGCUGCUGAAGACCUGGUGUGGCAGCCCUCCCUAUGCUGCACCUGAACUCUUUGAAGGAAAAGAAUAUGAUGGGCCCAAAGUGGACAUCUGGAGCCUUGGAGUUGUCCUCUAUGUGCUUGUGUGCGGUGCCCUGCCGUUUGAUGGAAGCACACUGCAGAACCUGCGGGCCCGCGUGCUGAGUGGAAAGUUCCGCAUCCCAUUUUUUAUGUCCACAGAAUGUGAGCAUUUGAUCCGCCAUAUGUUGGUGUUAGACCCCAAUAAGCGCCUCUCCAUGGAGCAGAUCUGCAAGCACAAGUGGAUGAAGCUAGGGGACGCCGAUCCCAACUUUGACAGGUUAAUAGCUGAAUGCCAACAACUAAAGGAAGAAAGACAGGUGGACCCCCUGAAUGAGGAUGUCCUCUUGGCCAUGGAGGACAUGGGACUGGACAAAGAGCAGACAUUGCAGUCAUUAAGAUCAGAUGCCUAUGAUCACUAUAGUGCAAUCUACAGCCUGCUGUGUGAUCGACAUAAGAGACAUAAAACCCUGCGUCUCGGAGCACUUCCUAGCAUGCCCCGAGCCCUGGCCUUUCAAGCACCAGUCAAUAUCCAGGCGGAGCAAGCAGGCACCGCUAUGAACAUCAGCGUUCCCCAGGUGCAGCUCAUCAACCCAGAGAACCAAAUUGUGGAGCCGGAUGGGACACUGAAUUUGGACAGUGAUGAGGGUGAAGAGCCUUCCCCUGAAGCAUUGGUGCGCUAUUUGUCAAUGAGGAGGCACACAGUGGGCGUGGCUGACCCACGUACGGAAGUUAUGGACGAUCUGCAGAAGCUCCUACCUGGCUUUCCUGGAGUCAACCCACAGGCUCCAUUCCUGCAGGUGGCCCCUAAUGUGAACUUCAUGCACAACCUGUUGCCUAUGCAAAAUUUGCAACCAACCGGGCAACUUGAGUACAAGGAGCAGUCUCUCCUACAGCCACCCACGCUACAACUGUUGAAUGGAAUGGGCCCCCUUGGCCGGAGGGCAUCAGAUGGAGGAGCCAACAUCCAACUGCAUGCCCAGCAGCUGCUGAAGCGCCCACGGGGACCCUCUCCGCUUGUCACCAUGACACCAGCAGUGCCAGCAGUUACCCCUGUGGACGAGGAGAGCUCGGAUGGGGAGCCAGAUCAGGAAGCUGUGCAGAGGUACUUGGCAAAUAGGUCCAAAAGACAUACACUGGCCAUGACCAACCCUACAGCUGAGAUCCCACCGGACCUACAACGGCAGCUAGGACAGCAGCCUUUCCGUUCCCGGGUCUGGCCUCCUCACCUGGUACCUGAUCAGCAUCGCUCUACCUACAAGGAUUCCAACACUCUGCACCUCCCUACGGAGCGUUUCUCCCCUGUGCGCCGGUUCUCAGAUGGGGCUGCGAGCAUCCAGGCCUUCAAAGCUCACCUGGAAAAAAUGAGCAACAACAGCAGCAUCAAACAGCUGCAGCAGGAGUGUGAGCAGCUGCAGAAGAUGUACGGGGGGCAGAUUGAUGAAAGAACCCUGGAAAAGACCCAGCAGCAGCAUAUGUUAUACCAGCAGGAGCAGCACCAUCAAAUUCUCCAGCAACAAAUUCAAGAUUCUAUCUGUCCUCCUCAGCCAUCUCCACCUCUUCAGGCUGCAUGUGAGAAUCAGCCAGCCCUCCUCACCCACCAGCUCCAGAGGUUAAGGAUUCAGCCUUCAAGCCCACCCCCCAACCACCCCAACAACCAUCUCUUCAGGCAGCCCAGUAAUAGUCCUCCCCCCAUGAGCAGUGCCAUGAUCCAGCCUCACGGAGCUGCAUCUUCCUCCCAGUUUCAAGGCUUACCUUCCCGCAGUGCAAUCUUUCAGCAGCAGCCUGAGAACUCUUCCUCUCCUCCCAACGUGGCACUAACCUGCUUGGGUAUGCAGCAGCCUGCUCAGUCACAGCAGGUCACCAUCCAAGUCCAAGAGCCUGCUGACAUGCUCAGCAACAUGCCAGGUACAGCUGCAGGCUCCAGUGGGCGGGGCAUCUCCAUCAGCCCCAGUGCCAGUCAGAUGCAGAUGCAGCACCGUACGAACCUGAUGGCCACCCUCAGCUAUGGGCACCGUCCCUUGUCCAAGCAGCUGAGUGCUGACAGUGCAGAGGCUCACAGCUUGAACGUGAAUCGGUUCUCCCCUGCUAACUACGACCAGGCGCAUUUACACCCCCAUCUGUUUUCGGACCAGUCCCGGGGUUCCCCCAGCAGCUACAGCCCUUCAACAGGAGUGGGGUUCUCUCCAACCCAAGCCCUGAAAGUCCCUCCACUUGACCAGUUCCCCACCUUCCCUCCCAGUGCACAUCAGCAGCCGCCACACUAUACCACAUCGGCACUACAGCAGGCCCUGCUGUCUCCCACACCGCCAGACUAUGCAAGACACCAGCAGGUACCCCACAUCCUUCAAGGACUGCUGUCUCCCCGACAUUCGCUCACCGGCCACUCGGACAUCCGGCUGCCCCCAGCAGAGUUUGCACAGCUCAUUAAAAGGCAGCAGCAACAACGGCAGCAGCAGCAGCAGCAGCAACAGCAGCAACAGCAAGAAUACCAGGAACUGUUCAGGCACAUGAACCAAGGGGAUGCGGGGAGUCUGGCCCCCAGCCUUGCGGGACAGAGCAUGACAGAGCGCCAGGCUUUAUCCUAUCAAAAUGCUGACUCUUAUCACCAUCACACCAGCCCCCAGCAUCUGCUACAAAUCAGGGCACAAGAAUGUAUCUCACAGGCUUCCUCAGCAACCCCGCCCCACGGGUAUGCUCAUCAGCCGGCACUGAUGCAUUCAGAGAGCAUGGAGGAGGACUGCUCGUGUGAGGGGGCCAAGGACGGCUUCCCAGACAGUAAGAGUUCAAGUACAUUGACCAAAGGUUGCCAUGACAGCCCUUUGCUCUUGAGUACCGGUGGACCUGGGGACCCUGAAUCUUUGCUAGGAACUGUGAGUCAUGCCCAGGAAUUGGGGAUACAUCCCUAUGGUCAUCAGCCGACUGUUGCAUUCAGUAAAAAUAAGGUGUCCAGCAGAGAGCCUGUCAUAGGGAACUGCAUGGAUAGAAGUUCUCCAGGACAAGCAGUGGAGCUGCCGGAUCACAAUGGGCUUGGGUACCCAGCACGCCCUUCUGUCCAUGAGCACCACAGGCCCCGGGCCCUCCAGAGACACCACACGAUCCAGAACAGCGACGAUGCUUAUGUACAGCUGGAUAACUUGCCAGGAAUGAGUCUCGUGGCUGGGAAAGCACUUAGCUCUGCGCGGAUGUCGGAUGCAGUUCUCAGUCAGUCUUCGCUCAUGGGCAGCCAGCAGUUUCAGGAUGGGGAAAGUGAGGAAUGUGGGGCAAGCCUGGGAGGUCAUGAACACCCAGACCUGAGUGAUGGCAGCCAGCAUUUAAACUCCUCUUGCUAUCCGUCUACGUGUAUUACAGACAUUCUGCUCAGCUACAAGCACCCCGAAGUCUCCUUCAGCAUGGAGCAGGCAGGCGUGUAACAAGAAACAGAGAGUUUUGUGUACAGCUUGGGAAUGAAAAGGUUGAUCGUAAACCCACAGUAUCUUGCAGCAUUGCGCCAAAUCGCUCUUGUGUUUCUCUCCACCCAAAAUAUCACAGCUCCUUUCCUCACAUUUGGUUCAGCCGUGUGCUGUUCUUUUGGGUUCUGAGAGGGUUUUGCCAUGUUUGCUUGUAUGACCAAGUCACCAAGGAAAUAAACAGGAAGGAAAUCCAUGUUCUUCAUCUUUUGUGACAGUAUAUUUGAGUUGGUGGUUUUUUUGUUGUGUUUGGGGGUUUGUGUUUUGUUUUGUUUUUGGUAUGUUUUCUUCUGGAGGUCAUUUACUUUCUUCUUUUUCUUCCUUUUUUUCCUCUCGUUCCUUUUUUGAGACAGGAGAGCAAAGCAGUUAGAGUUCAGAGGCCAGGGGCCUCAGGGCCACUCCCUCCCUAGCCUUCAUCAGCAGAGCACCCUCCAUCCCCCUGCAUUGCUCUUCCCCAAAAGCAAAUACUAAAGGAUGCCAUCCUCUGGAAUCCUAAUGGCAGGCAAAGGGAGAGAGGAAGGGUGACGGCUUCUGGCACUUAGAGAACAAAAAGAACAAAAAAAGAGAAACCCCCAAGCCUGGAACCCAGAGAGGUCUUUACUGCUGGGAUCCACGGAAAACAUGUCUGUCCCAGCCAAGAUCAUAUGACGAGUUUAGCACGGAGGCUGAAGUGACCUGGCAUAGAUGGUUUGCCAGUUAGAAUGUCUCAAUUUGAGCCUUUGCUUUUGGUGGAAACUCAGCUCCCCUCUUGUAACCUGGAAAGUUGGUUGCCUUUAUCAUCCUGCUGGUUUUAUCUAUGGACUGAACACCCGACAGCGGUGCGCUAUGCUUUCUGUGACAUCUUUCAUUCUCAUUUUAUAUUGUGCUAUAAAAAGGAUUGUUUCUCCAUAUAUAUAAGUGUAUAUAUAUAAUAUAUAUAUUAUAUGUGUGUAUAUAUAUUAUAUAUAUAUAUAUAUAUGCUCUCCCCUUUCAGCCUCUUUGUCACAGGCAAGAAGUGUAGUAGGUUGCCUUGGGCCCUGCCUCUCUCCUAACCCCCUCUUCCCCACUGGGCACCCUCAGCCCCUAUAUUUUAAUUCUUGAUCAUGUAGAAAUUGUUUUUGGUAAAUGUUGAUAUUAUUGUUAUUAUCAUUAUUAAUAAAGAGAAAAGGAAUUUUUGUUUAAAUGAGAAAUGUUUAACCAGAUUCUGUUCUAUUUGAAUUGUGACUUGCACCUUUUGUUCAAAGUAUUUCCUUUAGGCAUUGUAAUUGUGAACAGCUCUUACUUGUGCCAGUGACAGAUGCAGUGGUCUCCUUUCCCCAGCUGAAGCAGUGCAUACGCAAUAGCUAUUGUUUGUGUUAUCUUUAUUUCUCUUCAUUGUUAGAAACCAAAGUCUUCUCUGCCGGCUGGGGCUGAGAGAGGGUCUGGGUUAUCUCCCUCUGAUCUUCAAAACAAGAGAGAGACCUUGAAUACUCUGACUCUCCACCCUUGUUUUUUCUGGGAAAGCAAAACAAGAGGUCCUGAGUCCCCUCCUAGUCUUUCAUCCUGAAUUUGCACAGAGGAAAGCGGGUGCCCGGCAUGGCCAUCCUGAUGUUGCUGGCAGGAUCUCCAUGCACCUUGUCCUUCUCCACUGAUACUGGCAGCUCGGCUCCUGGACCCAAUAUCCCUUGAGUGGAAUUCUGCAGUGCAAGAGCCCUUCCUGGGAGCUGUCCCAUGUUUCCAUGGUCCCAGUCUCCCCCCCCCACUUGGUGGGGUCACCAACUACUCACCAGAAGGGGGCUUACCAAGAAAGCCCUAAAAGCUGUUGACUUAUCUGCUCUUGUUCCAGCUCUUAUUCCCCCAACCUGCCCUACCACCACCACGUGCUCAGCCUGAUCUGUUUACAUGGUACUGUAUGUAUGGGAGAGCAGACUGCACCCUCCAGCAACACCAGAAGAAAGCCAGUGAGCCUACUAACCGUGCCAUCUUGCAAACUACACUUUAAAAAAAAAACAACUCAUUGCUUUGUAUUGUAGUAACCAAUAUGCGCAGUAUAUGUUGAAUGUAUAUGAACAUACUUUCCUAUUUCUGUUCUUUGAAAACGUCAGAAGUAUUUUUUUUCUUUCUCAUUUUAUGUUGAACUAAAAAGGAUUAAAAAAAAUCUGCAGACUCAA